AUGGGCGAUUCGACAGCUACCACAGGUUCCCAAACGGCCAAUCUUCCAAUCAUAGAUUUCUCCAAAAUUGAGGGUUUUAAUUCUGAAGCUACUGAGAAUGCUGCUGAAAAACAAAAGUUAUUCCAGGCUCUGAGAAAUGUUGGUUUCAUCUACCUAAAAAACUAUGGAAUCAGUGACUCCAAGGUGCAGUUGCUCUUUGAUUAUGCGACGCGAUUCUUCUCACAGCCCCUUUCGGAAAAAGAGAAGAUAGAAUCCGGGGAAAGCAAGUUCUUCCGCGGUUGGUUUUCACCAGAGCGAACAUCUGGAGAUGCAAGAAUCGCCGACCAGAAGGAAGCAUUUGACAUAGGCGACGAUGGAAAUCCAUCACGCCCAAACCAGUGGCCAGCAGACUGGCCUGAAUUUAGGACUGAUAUGAAUUACUUCUUUGAAAAGUGUCACGACAUUCACCUCGUUUUGCUGAGCACCUUGGCUGAGACAGUAGGGCUGUCGCGGGAUUCCUUCCUGCCUUAUGUACAGGACAAGGAUCAUUUCUUCCGUCUUUUACAUUAUCCGCAAACGACGUUGGAAAGCUUUGGCAGUCGUCUGCGAGCAAGUCCCCAUACCGAUUACGGUACCUUUACAUUGCUAUUCAAUGACAACAGCGGCGGCUUGCAAAUUCGCGGAAAGGAUGGACAAUGGUUGGAUGUGCAUCCCAUUCCGGGUUGCGCAAUUGUAAAUAUCGGUGACCUCCUUUCUCGCUGGUUCAACGGCAUACUUCAGUCCACUGAGCACCGAGUGAUUGAACCUUCAGCCAGCAGAGCUACACUGGCCCUUGGAGAAACGAUACCUUCGCGAUAUGCACUCGCCUGGUUCGGCAAUCCUAAUAGAAAUGCAUAUAUUGAACCCUUUAGUGCUUGUAUCACUGAAGACAACCCGAAGCGUUUUGAUGGUGUCUAUGCUGGCAAGCAUGUAGCAGACAGAAUUGCGAAGCUUCAUAAGGAUGGGAAGGCUCCCGAGGUAUGGAAAGACUCCAUGUAUAGGAAGGAUCUCUCAGGGAAAGCGUAA